AUGGCUUUCCUUCCUUCCUGGGUCUGUGUACUAGUUGGUUCCCUUUCUUUUUCUUUAGCAGGAGAUUUAAAUUUUUUAGAUCUAUAUCCUCCUUUGUGGAAAGAGAGUCCUGGUCAGUUCAGUGACUACCCAGUGGAGAAUGGAACAUACAUUAUCAAUCCCUGGAUAUUCCCUGAAAGACUGGGGAUGUAUAAAAUUCUAUUGAACCAAACAGCCACUUAUUUUGAAAAAUUUGCUUCAGGAAAUGAGCAAAAUCUUUUAUGGGGAUUGGCUUUGCAGCAUGGUUGGCAAUAUAGUUCAGGCAGAUUAGCUGAUCCCAGCCAAAGGACAGACUGUGGCUAUGAAUCUGAUCAUCUGUGCAUCUCUGUGGACAGUUGGUGGGCUGAUUUUAAUUAUUUUCUCUGUGUAUUGCCGUUCCUUGCUGCGGUGGAUUCUGGCCUCCUGGGGAUAUCAUCAGAUCAAGUCAGGCUUCUGCCACCACCUGUGGAUCAGAAGAGGUUUUGCUAUGAUGUAUCUGGCUGCCUUUUAUCCUUCCCUGAGAUAAUGAACAAGUGGAGUGACUUUUACAAGCAUGUGCAUUCACCUUCUAGUACCUUUGAAGACAUAUUGGAAUACUUAUGGGAUGCACAUAUCUUCACCCUGAAUAACAUUUUCAACACAUUUGACGAUAGAUAUGUCUACUAUUCUGAACAAGAAGCAAAAUUUGAGAAGAACUGGGUUACUUCUGUGGAAUAUAUAGGCGCUGCCCGCAUUCCUACAACCUUAAUUAGAGUAUAUGAGUCCCAGAAGGGCCUGCCACCACGAGUUCUUAGUAAAAAGGACACAGCCCCUGGAAUCAGUGACUUUACUGCCCUUCAGAACACAGUCCUGUCAGGUCUAAGUGUUCUUGGCACAGUGAAUAAACUUACAGAAAAGAGUUAUGUAUUUUUUGAGUUACUCAGAUCCUUUCCUACAUGGCAUCUUGCUACUGUGGCUGUACCAAUUGGAAUUCUCCACGAAGAAUGCGGAUCCCGGUUAGCUACUUCAUGGAGGCCUGGCUAUAGACCUCUUCCUAGAGUCUCUGCGCCGUACCUGCUGGGCUGUACCUCGGGGUCUAGCUGCGCGGUCGCCGGUGUGUGGGUGGUCUCUAGCCACCCAGUCGUGCGGGCAGUGGGCGGGCAGUCGGUUGCUGGCAGGCGGGCGGUCUCUAGCCACCCAGUCACGCGGGCAGCGGGUGGGCGACUGGUCACCAGCAGGUGGGCAGUCUCUACCUGCCCAGUCAUUCGGGCAGUGGGCGGGCUGUCGCCGGCGGGCGGGCGAUCUCUAGCCGCCCAAUUGCAAGGGGCUGGCCUCUCCUCCCCUGGCUUCUCCUGCUAG